AUGGGCAUUUUGUCUGUAAUUUCUAAGCUUUCUCAUGCUUAUGUUCUUGAUUUGUACAUCAUCCUCAUAAUCCUCGUGUGUGGGGACUUAAUUACCAUUCUGCUUAGUUAUAUAUUCUGGCAUCAAGUGGGGAAACGUUAUAGGCGUCUUAAAAGGAAUAUCAAGCUCUUGGAUGGUGUCGUAAAAGAUGUUGAAGAGGUUUCAGAAGCAGGAAGAAAACUAGAUGAGCAGCCUAAUCAACUUCGAGAUUCACAGCUGAAAGCCGGAGUCACUGUACAACUAGCUGAUAUUGAGAGAGACUGGGUGGAUGCAACCAAGGCCAUGGUUCGCAGGGUACAGGACUGCCAAGACUUCUACCAGAAAUUGGGUGAAAGAAGAAAGCCUCUUAAAUUGACUUACUCUGCUGUCAUGGAUUGGAAAAAAAUUCAUCGCCUCAAAGCUGAUCUUGAUUCGUGUCAGUGGGAGAUGUAUCAAAUUUGGGAAAGGCGUAUACAAAUCUGUAAAUCAAUAGAGCAGUCAAUGUCUAUUGUUAGAAGCUUGCAGAGUAGACCCAUCACGGAACAUAAAUCUCAUCCUUACAAACGAGCUCCACCAACUGUCUCUAUUGAAAGAAAUUUGAAAGUCCUAUUCGCUAACAAUCCAGAGUUAAUGUCUGACUCUGACAAGCAAAAGGAAAUAGAGUACCUCAUCAAGUUCCCAGUGCAGCUACUGCAUUCUUUCCUGCGAGAUUUAGAAGGGCUUAAAUUGGAAAGCCAAACAGAAAAGGCUUGGGUGGAGGCAGCGGAGGAGAUCUUUGGCCAACUACAACAUGAAAUUGACGGCGUACAAAAAAAGGCAAAUCUAGUGAGAUGGCUUCCUUUUUUGGGUAACUGGAUGACAAGACGUUGGGUGAAGAAUAGCUUUGGCCAAAUCAACAAACAGCUCUGGAGCCUCUUUAUAAAGAAGUACACGAUUGAUUUUAGCUUUAUCAAAAGAGUUCCAUCAAAAUCUGUUGGUCCGUCCCCAAAAAAGAAAACUCAGGCCCCAACUGAUGACAAGGAAAUUUUAGAUCUUCUAGAUGAGUUUAACAAGCAGCUAAAUCGUGAGCAAUCCAAGAUGUCUUCUUGGCUCAAACAGUUACUAGAAGAUUUCAAGCAAGUGCACCAACUUCUCAAAGAUGCAAAAGCAGUUGAAGGCUUAAACAAUUCAAGAAUAUUGGCUUGGAAGGAUCAAAUAAAGUUCAUUGUUAAAGAUGCAAUCAGUUCUUUGUCAUCCUCCCAACCCCAAAGGAGCAACACCAGUACUCAAAAGGAGAUAGAUCCUUGGAAAAAGUCCUCUACAGAAUUUGAGCGAUUCGAGCAAGCUAUGGAAUUUCUUGCCAUAAGCAUGGAGGUUUGUCGCAUUAAACUAAGUGAAGAGACAAACUCGGUGGUCGGCUUGGAAGAUAACACACAUGAAAUGGUCUCACUACUGACCACCAACGAUACUAAUGAGCAUUGCUCCACACUUUCCAUUGUGGGGAUGAUGGGAAUAGGGAAGACAACUCUAGCACAGAAGGUUUUUGAACAUGCAGCUAUUCAGAAACAUUUUGAAUUCAGAUACUGGGUGCCUCUACCUGAUAUAGGGGACGAUAAGCAUGUACUCCUGAAAAUAUUGGGAGAAACUGUCCUAGCAAAUCAAGGGGAACGAACAGAAAAUGAUUACUCAUUCAAGGGGGUGAAUGAUUUCUUGAAGGGUAGGAAGUACCUUGUAGUUUUGGACAAAAUCUCAAGCAAGCAAACCUGGGAUACUCUGAAAGAAGCAUUCCGAGAUAAGAUAAGUGAGAGCAAAAUUUUGCUCACCACACGAGACAAGAGUGUAGCUUUACAUGUUGACCUAACAAGCAUCAUGUACCCACUUAAACUACGAACACAAGAAGAGAGCUGGGAUUUGUUUAAACAGAUGGUGCGCUUUCAAGCUGAACCUUCUAGGCCUGAUCAUGGACUCUCACCAGAAUUCAAAAAACUUGCAGAAAAGGUUGUAGGAAGAUGUGGAGGCUUGCCAUCUUCCAUCUUAAAUCAUGGGUAUCUAUUGUCCGGGAAAGAAGUGACGUCUAAGGACUUGUCAAGGGUGCUUGAGCAUGUCACUCCUAACCAAAUACCCUGGUCGGAAAACUUGGAAACAAAUGCAAAAGAUUUGCCUCAAAAUCUAAGUCAAUGCCUUUCUUACUUUGGACAAUUCCCCAAAGACACUAAAAUUUCUUCAAGAAGAUUAGUCGUUUUGUGGGUUGCUGAAGGGCUUGUAGAACAAAGUGGUGAUAAGCAAGAGCCUCUUAAGUCUGUUGCGGAGAAAUAUUUGUCCGAGUUGAUAAAACGCAACUUGGUACAAGAAGUGGAAAGAAAGCUUAAUGGGAGGGUAAAGACAUGCAGCUUCCCCAGUGCUCUGCGAGAACUCUGGCUGCGAGAAAAUCCAAGUUCGGGCUUUGAUCAGCACGUACUUUAUUAUACCAUUGAAAAAGAUUCCAGUUUUGGUGGCAACAUAAAUUCAUCAACACCAAAUAUAUUGCAAAGCUAUAGAAAUCCCCUCUCCAUGCUCUGCUUUGAUACUCACGAAGGAGAUAAACCUGGAGAAGCUUUUGGUGACUACCUUAAGAAGGGCAUUGCAAGUGGGCAUCUGUUACAUUUAAAGGUGCUUGAUCUUGAACACGUAUUCAGACCUCAAUUGCCAAAGAGUAUUGGAAAAUUAAUCCAGUUAACGUAUCUGGGAUUAAGGUGGACAUAUCUAGAGAACAUUCCAUCAUCAAUUGGCAACUUAGUGAACCUCGAAACAUUGGAUGUGAAGCAUACUUAUAUCCGCACUCUUCCUAGUUCAAUAUGGAAACUGAAGAAACUUCAAAACCUAUACAUGAGUGAGAUUUAUCGAAGCAAAAUUGAGCAUCAACCUGAAAGAAAAUGUAAAUGUAAUCAGCGUAACAAAAAAUUUUUACAAAAUCUCCAAAUACUGCGUGGUGCAUUUGUGGAUAAGGAAAGUCCUCUGAAGGAUGCAUUUAACAUGAUGAAAAAUCUUCAAAUAUUGGAUUUGUCAUUCCAGUUGGAGUGGUCACAGCAAAAAGCAUUGGCAGAGAGUCUUGUGGAAUUGAAGCACCUUCAAAAAUUGACAUUGAAAUCAUUUGAUGAAAUGGGUCAACCACAAGAUCUUUAUGUGACUCAACUGUCUGGCCUCGUAGACCUCCACUACCUAUCUUUGUAUGGAAAAUUGAAGAAUCCAUCUAUAGUCAUAACUAUUAAUGGACUUCCUCAAAGCCUGACCGAACUCACCUUAUCAGCCUCUAGACUUUCAAAUGAUCCAAUGCCAGAGUUAGAGAAGCUUCACAACCUUAAAUCCCUCUGCUUGUACUCGGCUUCUUACACUGGGAAACAAAUGGUUUGCUCCAGUGGAGGCUUUCCCCAGCUUAAAAUUCUGAAACUCUGGAUGCUUCAGGAGUUGGAAGAAUGGAAGAUGAAGGAACAAGCAAUGCCGAGCCUCAAGCAGGUGGAGAUUCGGUCAUGCAAGAAAUUGAAGGUCCCUGACACCACCGACUUGAGGCAUCUAAAGACUCUUCGUGAAUUGAAGUUGAAAAAUAUGCCAGUGGAUUUCUCAAAAACAAUUGAGAACAACAAGGACCAAAUAUGGGGCCAUGUUGCUGUCUUUCCAGUCAUAAUUAAUGAGUAGUGGUCAAUGCUGACUGGAAUUCAAGCUUCCGCACUUGUGGUUCUUUAGGAAUGAUGCGAG